AUGGCAACAUUUUCACUAUUCGCCCUUUUGGUGGCAUUACAAGCCUUUCUUCUACUUGUUUCUGGUGCCCCGGCAUCAUCUACCUCAAAUACAACAGUCUCGCCUGGUACGGCUGCCUCCAGUUGGUGGUUUGCUUCAAUCUCUCGCCAAGGAACGGUCCCUUUUGGCACCGCUGGAUACAAAGUCUUCCGCAAUGUAAAGGACUACGGUGCCAAAGGUGAUGGAUCAUCUGAUGAUACUGUGGCCAUUAACAGCGCAAUCACCGAUGGGUCUCGCUGUGGUCAAGGUUGUGACUCUUCAACUACUACCCCUGCGAUCAUCUAUUUCCCCCCGGGAACGUACGCGAUUUCUGCCCCCAUUGUCCAAUUGUACUAUACGCAAUUUGUUGGCGAUGCUGUCACUGUCCCUACACUAAAGGCCACAGCAGGCUUCAAGGGCAUUGCCUUGAUCGAUUCAGAUCCUUAUGCCAACGGUGGAGCCAACUGGUACACAAAUCAGAACAACUUCUUCCGCCAAGUCAGGAAUUUCAUUAUUGACAUUACUGCAAUGCCUGUAGGAUCUGGAGCUGGUAUCCAUUGGCAAGUUGCACAAGCUACUUCUUUGCAAAACAUCGUUUUCAACAUGAGGACCGAUGGUGGUACGGCAAAUGCUCAGCAAGGAAUCUUCAUGGAUAACGGCAGCGGCGGUUUCAUGACAGACCUGACCUUUAAUGGCGGAAAGUAUGGUGCAUUCUUUGGAAAUCAGCAAUUUACGACCCGCAACUUGACAUUUAAUGGCUGCCAAACGGCUGUUUUCAUGAACUGGAAUUGGGCGUGGACUUUAUCUGGACUCAAGAUCAAUAACUGUCAAAUUGGGGUUGAUAUGGCUAACGGAGGCACGUCAGCACAAACUGUCGGCUCUGUUCUGCUUAUCGACAGCACAAUUUCCAACACACCCAUUGGCGUUUCCACUGCCUAUUCUACCAACGAAGGCGUUACCAAUGGCACUCUAAUCAUCGACAAUGUCGACUUCUCUUCAAACGUCCCCGUGGCAGUUUCCAAUGCCGCAAACAAGGCUACCGUUUUGGCUGGAAACGCAAAGAUUGCAUCUUGGGCUCAAGGAAGCCAGUACACCUCUGGAAGUGCGGGUGCUGGCUCAAGCAAGCAAGGCCUCUUGACUGCUGCUACGAAACCCACUUCUCUCCUGAACUCCGCUGGACAUGUGUUUACCCGCUCCAAGCCCCAGUAUGAAAGUGUCGCGUCGUCUUCAUUCAAGAGUGCAAAGGCUGCCGGAGCAAAAGGAGAUGGAGUUACGGAUGACACAAAAGCCAUUCAAGCCUUGUUCAACUCAGCUGGCUCAGGUGACGUUGUUUAUUUCGACCAUGGCGCAUACGUUAUUACCGACACCGUCACCGUCCCUAAGAACAUUCGGGUUACUGGUGAAAUAUGGCCUCUGAUCAUGGCUGGAGGAACUGCCUUCAAUAACCAGGCUAGCCCGAAGCCCUUAUUCCAAGUCGGACAAAUCGGAGAUGUGGGCGCUGUUGAGAUUUCGGACUUGAUAUUUGAAACUCUUGGCCCUCAACCUGGCGCAAUCAUGGUGGAAUGGAACGUUGCCGAAUCCAGCCAAGGAGCUGCUGGCAUGUGGGAUGUUCACUUCCGCAUUGGAGGUACUGCGGGUACUCAGCUUCAGUCAGACAAAUGCUCAGAGAAUCACAACCAUACUGCACCAGCCAACACUGCUUGUGAGGGCGCAUUCCUCUUGUUGCAUGUUACCCAAAAGGCAACGAUCUACUUGGAGAAUAACUGGUUUUGGGUGGCUGACCAUGAACUUGACCUCGGUACGUAUAAUUUCCCGCAAUAUAUGAUGAUUGAUGCUAAUGAUAUUAAAGGCGAUCACAACCAAAUCAACAUCUUCAACGGCCGCGGCGUUCUUAUCGAGAGUGAUGUUGGCCCAGUAUGGCUAUAUGGUACUAGUUCUGAGCAUAGCGUUCUAUAUAACUAUCAGAUCUCCAACGCCUCCAGCGUUUACAUGUCCCUGAUCCAAAGCGAGACACCUUACUUCCAGAGCAACCCCGAUGCUACCACUCCAUUCACAACCAACAGCAAAUAUCAGGACCCAACAUUCUCCGGGAAUUCCAGCAGUAAGAAAGCAUGGGGUCUUCGUAUUGUCGACUCAAAGGAUGUCUUUGUUUACGGCGCUGGUCUGUACUCGUUCUUCGAUAACUAUGUACAAACUUGUCUUGCUACUGAAAGCUGCCAAGACAACAUGGUGUCCAUCGAGAGCUCGACUUCCAUCCACAUGUACGGCCUGUCAACCAAGGCUGCGACCAACCAGGUUACUGUCAAUGGCAAGAGUGCUGCGCUCGACAGCGCUAACCGUAACAAUUUCUGUGCAACCAUCUCUGUUUUCACAGAGGCAACGUAG